AUGCUUGGCGUCGGCGCCGGCGGUAGCAUCGAGCAGCACAUCGAGCGGGACACGCAUGACCCACGCAUCUGGGAUGUGGCCAACUCUAAGCUGCUCAACAUACAAAUCGUCGACGCCACGACUUUCCGCACCGUGACCGGACUGAACCCGCCAGAGACGCCCAUCUCUGCCCAGACGUAUCAGGAAAUAGGCUUGCCGUUCUUCAAACUGUGGCGCGAUGAGCUGUCUGCGGACGGAGUUGCGGGGCAAUGGGACUCGAUUACGGGCGUUGCCGACGCUAUGGCUUUGAAGCGAAGGGCGUAUCUCUUCAAGCUCAGCCGCAUCCCCAAGUUCAGGUGCAACGGGACGGGUCUCAGCAUCCGUCGGCAGCCUGUUCGCCGUUCGGCAUCAUCUGCUCCCUACAGACGCACUCGCCAGCAGCUGUUCGACAUCCAACUCAGCGACAGCUCCUCUCAACUCGGCCAUGAGGUCAUUGAACUCUUCGACGAUGCUACAGUGCGGUAG